AAAGACACUGUCCCGGUGCAUAAUGUGAAAUGUGGACUAAAAGUCAGGCUUUGUCCACCUCUGCUGCUAUUAACCCUGUCUCUCACAACAAGAUUGUUCGACUGUUCAACUCUCCGUCCGAUAUUCAGAGUAUUAAUAGAGACCGUUUCAACGACAUUUUUCGGUUGCUAGGCAACUACAUCGUUGUUCCGCCGACACUUCCGGUCCAGCCACUACUGAAAACACGAGAAGCAGCGGAUGAUCGCUGAACUUUCUCCUCCUGACACCCAGAUCCCCAGUGUGAGAUGGCUAAACUAGUGUUGGGGCCGUGCUGCUCAGUGGAGGGCUGUUCCCUCCGACCGGGCACCAACUUACUGUCCCAGAUCAAAGUGUACCGCUUCCCUAAAGACACGCAGCAGCGCAGUGCGUGGAUAGCUGCCGUGAAGAGACGAGACUGGAGCCCGUCGGUCAACUCCAGGGUCUGUAGCACUCACUUCAUCACCGGGAAGCCAUCGAAUGACCCUCUCCAUCCUGACUACGCCCCUUCAAGAAUGCCAGACAAACCUCAGAAAGCAAAAGGAAUGGACAGAUACUGGAGACCACUCAAGCGAGCGGCCUCAGCAGCUACACAUCCUGACGCGGGGCCUGAAACUGUGAAGCGUACCGAACCUGAAAGCCCCAGAUAUAAGAACAAAUCAGUUGGCACAGAUCUAUCCAUGAAAGAUAUAGAGGACCUUCUAAGUGAAAAUGCUGCCCUAAAAAGCUACAACGAAGAACUGGAGACAGAAUUAAGAGCCCAUGAGCAAAUCAUAAUACAGUAGAGGUCAUUUGUAUGUGACUUGCAAGAUGAUGUUCUAUACCGGCCUUCUUUUGACAUUCUUGACCAGCAGCCUGGACACCCCAAACCUUGACAAUGCCACCUGAAAACCAGCUCUUUGCUGUGUUGAUGAAACUAUGCCUUGGCCUGACUCAUUGGGAUUUGUCUUACCGAUUCAAGUGUAGCUGUGGUACCAUGUCUGCCAUUUUUCAUGACUGGCUGAAUGUUAUGUCGCAACGUGUAAAAUAUCUUAUUCUCUCGAUCUUAUUCACUAAAUGCCAGGGCAUUAACACAUUCACAGAACAAGUCCAACAAGACAAUCAAAUUUCUUCUUGGAAUAAAUCCAACAUCACUUUCUUCUCCAAAGCUUGGGUGGGUGCGCAAAUGACAUAGUCAUUACACAGCAAACUGGCUUCAUUGAUGUCCUGGAGGAGGGAGAUACGGUCCUUGCCGACAGAGGAUUUGACUUUCCAGACUACUUUGCCAAAAAAGGUGUGAGGCUCCCUGUGUCGGCAUGGACACGUGGCAAAAGACAGCUAACAGGACUGGAGGUGUUAUGGUCUCGCCAGAUGUCAUGGGCAAGGAUACAUGUGGAAUGCUCAAUUGGCAAAUUAAAGACAUUUUACAUUUUAAAAAAUACCCUGUCCAUCAGCAUGAUAAAGAAGCACAGGACAACUAACUGACAGCAUGGCUGCGACUGAUCAAAUAUUCCUGUUGUGUGCUGCUUUGUCAAACCUUGAUGAACCCCUUAUCAGUUAAAGAUCAACUACCAGGAAGAUUGACUUUGAGAUAUGGCAAGCUUUCUUAACCUUGGGGUCUGGACUUCAUGUGGGAUCCCCUAAAUGAUAAUAUCUGGUUUCAUUUCCAAAUGAGAACCAAACUUAAAUAUUUGUCUGAUGUUGGGGUCAUAGUGAUUUUCUAACAUGAAUUUGGGGUCCCAAGACAAAACAUACUGAUAUAUGAUUCAGGUUUUGUAAUCCCUGCCCAGUUAUUUUUAUUCACAUGAAUUUCUGACAUGAAUAUCAUCAGCCAAGUUUUGUAAUGUUUGCCUACUUGUUUUUAUCUUGGCUAAUUCAGUGGAGUAAAGUAAUAACAAUAACAAGC